GUUUGCACACCACUGAGUCAGUGCCUUAUUCAGACAUCUGCCUCCACACCACUGCAGCACAGACUCAUCUCAUUCCUGCUACUUGAGCCUCUACAUCCUACAUCAUCAUGUCUAGCACCGUAGCAGCCUACAAGGAGAAAAUGAAGGAGCUGUCAAUGCUCUCACUGAUCUGUUCUUGCUUCUAUACUCAACCACAUCCCAACACAAUUAACAAAUUUGGUGAUAUGGAAGUGAAGUCAAUUAAUAAGCGUGCAUCUGGACAGGCUUUUGAAGUUAUUCUGAAACCACAGUCCACUGAUUUGUCACCUGAGCAACCCAUCACACCAAAGAAGAAGGACAUCUCUUUGGAGAAACUCCAGAACCAGCUGGAUGCUGCUGAGGACAGGAGAAAGUCCCAAGAAAUGCAGCUUCUGCAGCAACUUGCAGAAAAACAACAACACAGGCGCAUUGUUCUACACAGGGCGAUUGUGGAUAACUGUAACUUCAGCUCAACAACUGAAAGGAAGUUAAAUCAGAAAAUGGAAACCUGUAAUGAAAAUCGCAAAGCUCAUAUAGCUGCUCUCAAGGAUCGUCUGCGUGAGAAGGAAAGGCAUGCAGCUGAGGUCCGUAGAAACAAGGUGCUACGAGAGGAACUUUCUGGCUAAAAGCCGUUCUAUUGCUUUCUGAAGAACACCGUGGAAUGAAUCUAAUAAUAAAAUCCUGGUUAUCACGAUACGACUUUUGUUUCUGAAUUCAGUACUUCUAUAUAAUAGAUCAUGCUUUUUAGCAUUCAGAAUAUUGGUUCUUUCUUUAUGUGCAAUACCGAGAGUUGUAAGCAGGCAAAAAUCAGCAGCACAUCAGUAAUCUAAUAAUAUUUGAAACAUUGAGUAUUAAUUGUUAUUGACAUCAUAAUCUGCCAAUGUAUUUUAACAUGUAUAUAUAGAUGCAUUAUAUUAAUUGACAGAUUCAACCUACAAUUAUAAAAAAUGCCAACAAAUUAAUUAAUAUGUUUUUUAUAUUUUCUGUAUAAUUGAACCAUUAUGUUUUCCUGAAAUUAUUAGGUGCCCGUAAGUAUUAGAAGCAUUGGAUAGAUUUCACUAUUCUCACUGGAGCUGUCCUCUUGGUCUUAUACUUAGAGAUAGCAAUAUCUAUCUAUCAGCAUGAUGUCAUUGUCAAAAUCUAUAUCCAUUUGAAGAAUAAUUGAGUAUCUCUGAUAAAGUUUAUUUGCACCAGUCAUUAUUUGUAUGUCAGACCCAAUUCAUCAAAUCAAAUAGAUAAAAUUGACGAUUUCUCAAACAUACUUCUGAAAAAGUGUGCCUAAGAUGUAUUUUAAAAUAUAUAUUUUAUUAUUUAAAUAUUCUUUUAUUUAAUAAUGGCUUUAUUUUUAAAUUUUCAUUAAGAACAAUAAGUUAACAAACACUUGAUUUUAGAUGAAUGUCAACGAAAUAUUCAGUGGAAAUAUCACAGAUUAAUUAUGACCUGUUGCUACCUGAAGGUCUAUAUGUCUUUACACACUAUGGAAUGUUCAAUCUUAUCAAAUGGCGAUGUUAUUCACUAGGCCUUCGAAAGAACUAUCUAGUUGGCUCUUUAUGUGGGUUGAACUUGUUCAUAAACAGUGUAAGUUCCAUCUUUAAAUAUAAAAUGUCAUUGGUAGCAUUGUAUUAUAUAUUAAUCUUUCUAUAUGUUACACUCUCUAAAGAGGGGGAAACUUCCAUGUAAGUAAGCAAUGUUUGGUGAAAUUAGUCUCUCUACAAAAAUAAAUGGUAUGUGUGAGGAAAGUCCUAAAUUAUCCAGCUAAUUUUUUGUCUUAUUACUGCUAUAGCUGUGCUGAGUAGAAAAUGGUUUGCCAAAUAUAAAGCUGUAUAAGUUCCAGAGUGUUUGUUUGUUGUGUGGUAUCUAACUUUGAAGAUUCUUUUGUAAAUACCUACUUUUAUUUUUAAAAGUUGUGAUUGGCAGGCUAGUACAUAAUUCAUAACACUGUAUCAUGCUAACACUUCAUUUAAUUAUGUGCCAUUUCACCUCGAGCUCUGACAGUUUGUGUAUUUGCCUAUCGGACUUGAAACUAGAGUCAGGGUAAGACCGUAAAUGAUGCUAGAUUCUUUCAUCUACUCACUGUAAGUGAAGGUGGCAUGUUUUAAUCACUUGAUUAGAUCUUGCUAUUCUUGAUGUGUUUGUAUAUGAAUCCUUUGAAUUUUUUGGGAAGAUACUAACAAAUCUCUCUCACUUUACACAAUUAAAAGUGACUGGAGGUAGUCAAUUUGAAGAUUCUUGCCCACCCAUUUUAGAUUCAUAAUGUGCAUUUAAAUGUCAGUUUAAGAUUGCUGUGAUGUGCAAGAUGUGAUUACAAAAUAAAGUUCAUGAUAUACACAGUUA